AUGCCAGGCCCGCCAGGACCACCAGGACCACCAGGACCACCAGGACCACCCGAUCAUUCGAGACCUAGCCACCAAAUAACCGCUGUGAGAGUAUACCCUAGCACCCACGAGCUGUUUUCAUCACGUGCCCACAUUGGGACGUUGGCAUUCGCCACGGCUACACAACAGCUUUACAUCAAAGUGAACAAUGGAUGGAAAGAGGUCAUGGAAACGGCUCACCCUGAAGCCAGACCUGAACGUCGACCAUCGUCGUCAUCUCGUCGGGAAGCUUCGCCGAUUCUUCAUAACAAGGACGAGUCGCUGACAGUUUCAGCUCCAGCAUAUGUAAAGGAUACACCGAGGCCACUGCCACUGUUUCAUCCGAAACCGCCACCGGAAUACCUCUCAGCUUUUGAGAGGGAGAGAACGAUUCAUAUGAUUGCCCUCAACACCCCGUACGACGGCAAUAUGCAUGGAAUGCGAGGAGCUGAUCUUCAGUGCUAUCGUGAAGCUCGAAUGAACGGUUUCACAACAACAUUUCGAGCGAUGCUUUCUAGUAACGUCCAGGACAUGCUUCGAAUCGUACAUAAUGUCGACUGGGACACACCAGUGGUCAACCUUCGUGGUGAGCGUUUGUUCGCCAGUUGGCGUGCGGUGCUAAACGACGGCCAGCGUAGUACUCGACCUUUGUACUCUUUCAAUAAACGAGAUGUUCUUGUUGACGAUAACUGGUCGGAUAAGCGUGUGUGGCACGGAACGAAGAGCGGCGGAGUACGAGCAGGCGAAUACUGCGACGGAUGGCGGAAAAACGACGCUUCUUUGUCUGCAAUGGCUGGUGAUUUACGGAUUCCAGGUGGUUUGAUCUCGGAUGCGCAGCUUGUGAGCUGCAAUCAGAAACUUAUCGUACUUUGCAUAGAGACGGAUACGAUUAAUCUCGUCGAUGCGUACGCCAGCCUUGCCAAGAAUUUCCUCAGCCAUCCUACAAAGUCACCUGAUGCUGAACUUGACCCGUGA